AUCGUCCGAUUGCUAUAUUCAAAAUACACAGUGCCAGUGUCUUCAACGUAUUGAGAUAAAUCAAAGGGGAAAUACAGAAACGGCGCGCAGUUGCAAAUUUUUCCGAAAAAGGACACAGAAGUUUAUGUAGAGCUUGUUUGCAUUGAGUCUUAUGAAUUACUAUUUUAAAUGUUAAAGAACACGGAUAGUAAACCUAUGACACCGCUAGUGAACUCGGACUGGUGCUGCAGAUGGGCGGCAUAGGCAGAAAUUUUUACCUCAAUAUGUUGAAUGGAACAGACGCGCAAAGUUUCGCUAAAGACGCAGAAAUAAACAGCCACCUGCACCGCAACCGGGAGUUACCGGACUUGAAAAUGGGCAUUCAAGACACGAGGUUUUACUACCAGGACUCGAUUCCAAACGGACAGGACAGUUUGUCUUUGCCGUUCCACGCUGAGCACCAGAGUGUCUCUAGCGGACUCGGAGCGCAGACGGGCAGGUUUUACUCACCGGCUCCGCUCGGCAGCUGUCACUUUAACACCCGGAGCGGGACGGGACAGUCUUAUGUUGCGACCGGAGCGGAUGCGUAUUCAACGAACGGUAAAGAAGUUUACCCGGGCAGCGCAGACGGUUACACGGCACCUUUUCAGCACGGGUACCCACGAGCACCGAUGUACUCUUUACCUGGUCUACAGGUGUCGGGGAAGACCCAGGUGGUCCUCAACAAUUACCCGCUCUGGGCGAAGUUCCACAAAUAUCAAACAGAGAUGAUCAUAACGAAACAGGGACGGAGGAUGUUCCCUUUCCUCAGCUUUAACAUCAGCUCACUGGACCCCGCGGCUCAUUAUAACAUAUAUGUGGACGUGGUUCUUGCUGACCAGCACCACUGGAGGUAUCAAGGCGGCAAAUGGGUUCAGUGUGGCAAGGCAGAAGGCAACAUGCCAGGAAACAGAAUGUAUAUGCACCCAGACUCUCCGAAUACUGGGAAUCACUGGAUGAGGCAGGAAGUUUCCUUUGGCAAAUUGAAACUCACCAAUAAUAAAGGCAGCUCAAACAAUGUAGCACAGAUGAUAGUGCUACAGUCACUCCAUAAAUACCAACCACGUCUACUCAUCGUGGAAGUAAAGGAGGAUGGAACGGAGGAUCCCUUCCUUACCUCUAAAACUCAGACGUUUGUCUUUCCUGAGACUCAGUUCAUCGCCGUCACUGCCUACCAGAACGCAGAUAUCACUCAGCUGAAAAUAGAUCACAACCCUUUCGCUAAAGGUUUCCGGGACAGUUAUGACACGCUGUACGCGCCAACCGACUCAGACCGCCUCACGCCUUCCCCAGUCGAAGGCCAGCAGCUCUUGCCAGGUAGUUGUUACCCUCAUCAGCCCUACCUGUCUGAUCAGUACAUGAGCCACCUGCCUCAGAGUAGGUUCUAUGGUCGCGAGCCCGUCAGCAUGGCCCAGCAGUGCCCCAAAGAUCCUGCUGCCAGCCCUCACAGCCGCUGGUACCUGCCCAGCCAGCAGGGGGUACCACCCAACCGCCUCGACUUUAACACGUACGAGAGCGAAUACGUUUCCAACAGUCUCUACAAGCCUUUUCCGCUUCAGACAUCCCCCCAUCACCCGCUGAGCUACUACUCUGAAAGCCCCUUCGCCCCUGGGCCAGUGUCUGGGGCCAGCCCAGGACCAUGGAGCUCGGGAAGGCCCUCACCACAAUACCUUAAUCAUCCCCACCAUGGUAAACCCGGGUCCAGCCUGAGCUGGUUCCGAACCGUCUCCUCCCCAGCCACGUCCUCCUCUCCCUCAGCGACAAGCUCGCGGUUCCAUGCUUCCCCGUCAUUCCUGGAGCCCCAGCGCCAGCCACUGCUCCAGGACAAGUCCAAAGAGUCUGGGGAGGACCCCUGGAUAGAAGCCCCCUCGGUCAAAUCAGUGGACUCAGCUGACUCAGGUUUGUUUGAGGGAGGAGAGAGCAAGAAGAGGCGGGUGUCACCUUACACGUCCAGCACUGAAAAUUCCCCUCCCAACCGCAGCACAGAGGCUUGUGAAAAGGACAAUUGCAGUGAUGCAGGCUACUAUGGCUUCUACACCCACUGAAGACCAGUCUUUCACCCAUAAUCUUGCACUGUCUGUCUGCUUGACCAAAACACAGAGGUGAAGCUUUCUGUGAUAGUAGCUAGGGGACAGGAGGGGCAACAUAAUGUCUGGAGGCAUCGCACAUGACAGUAUGCAGACAGACAGGGUGGAAAAAUGGACACCUGGCAGGGGCUUCAGACUGACUACACAUCAUCUUUAUUCAUACAACAGAGUAACAUGCAGACAGCCCACAC